AUGAAUGUCCAGGACUAUUAUACAGAUAGUGAUGACGAUUCGGAGUAUGAGUUAAGUGAUAAUUCGGAUAUGAGUGACUCUGACGAAACAUAUUCGGAGACCGAUGACGAUGAACUUGUCGAAAACGUGACCAUGGACGAAUGGCAAGUUUUAAGUGAUCCUUUUUCCGAUCAGGUUCCUAGAGCUACGCAAAAUUUUUCUUCUGAAUAUACUUUUCACCCCGCCAUUGAUAUGGAAGAGUGCAGAGAUCCAGUCAAUUGUUUCGAAUGUUUUUUAAGCCCAAAUAUCGUAGCGAAAUUAAGUGAGUGGACGAACAGAAGAGCUGAAAUGUACUUUGAACAAAAUACAAAUACAAGGACAGUUUAUGGCGUUCAGUGGAAGAAACUAGAAAAAGAAGAGAUUUUGAGUAGUGGGAAAUCCGAGAGCGUGCAAGCAGGACACAGGUUAAACCGGGUACCCGGCAUGAAGCCGGAUCCUAAAGAGCCGGGUACCCGUUUGAGUAGUGGGAAAUCCGAGAGCGUGCAAGCAGGACACAGGUUAAACCGGGUACCCGGCAUGAAGCCGGAUCCUAAAGAGCCGGGUAUGAAAACCUACAAAAUGUAUAAGGUGUAUAAAAGACGCUUAUAUGCAGACUUAUUAGAUAAAGCUAUCAGGCAUCUACAAUUUUACAAAAAGCAAAGACUGUUCACAAAAUGGCAACAAUACAUAUCUUUACAGAAACAUAAACGGAUCAAAGUGGAGUUGGCAUGUAUGUUUGACAAAAAUAUGCAUGUGAAGAAAUGUUUCAAGAGUUGGUUUCACUAUUUAGAGUACAAAAGGGAUAAAACGGUGAAAAUGAUAUUGGCUUGCUCUCAUGAUCAUAGAAAGGUACUAAACUUCUGCGUGCAAAAGUGGAAGGAAUUUACAAAAAAAGAGUUAACGUUUAAAUCUAAUAUAAACAAAGCUAAGUCAUAUUAUCAUCAACAACUGUUAGCAGACGGAUUAUAUAUGAUUAUAAAAUCUGGGCUAAAAAAGAAAGAAGGCAAUCUAAAAACGCGUAUUAUGGAGAUAAGUAAGAAAUCUGCUUUAGGUCAGAAAUAUCUGAGUAUAUGGAAGCAAAAAACCCUUUAUAAAGGCGUAGAUUCUCAAAACGGUGCCACUGAUGACAAAGAGAAUAUGAUACCUCCCUCUUCAGACUGGUACCCAGUUUGCUUUUUGGCGCCAAGAGUGCCCCAGGAUUAUUUAAUAUGUAUCGGUGAUAUACACUAA